AUCUUGUAAGUACUCACAUGACAUCAUCAAUGCUGAGAACAAAAAAGUUCUAAGGACCCAUGAGUUGUCUGGCCUCGAUGAGAAUGAGCUGCGAGUCCUGCUUCUCCAAAAUGAUCCUUUCCUCCUCCCUGAUGUCUGCCACUUUUACAACAGAAAGGAUGGUGUCUGCAACCAGCAAAACAGCUGCAACAGGCUUCAUAUUUGUCGACACUUUCUUCAUGGACAGUGUAGAUUUCUUCCAUGCAAGAGGUCCCAUAACCUCUUGGAUACCCAUGCACUGAGUGUGUUGGAAACUGGAGGCAUUGAUGUGAACAUAGCUUCAAACAUCCAGGAGAUAUAUGACCGCAAGCAUGUGGAAUUCAACAAGGAACAGAAGAAGGGGAAAAUACACAACUCCAAACCAAGAGAAAAUUUAUUGAAGAAAACAGCAGUUGCAAAUGUUAAAGAACCGAUGCUAUCUUUGCAAACAGAGGACUCCACACCGCGUGUGCCACCUUCAAAAGAUAAAAAAGACGAUUCCUCUGCUAAAGCUUCGAAGGACAACAAAGGAAAUAAGUCUGAUGAGAUAUGUGUGUUCUAUGUCUGGAAGUACUGCAAAAAUAAAG